AAUUGGAAGACAAUAUUAAGCAAUACUGGUUUACUCUGAGUCUAAUGAGUGUGACUUUGCGCUUUGCCUAACGUUCCUUUUGGGUUGUGAACCAGUUCCUCUGUGCUAAACUCCUCUGUUUCACUCAGCCUCUCACGCUCACGCUAUCACUCUGCAUCUCUCUCCCAGUCUCUCAUCUCCCACCGUCUCUUCUCUCGUCUCUCGGUUUCGCUGCCGUCCUCGCCUCGCCGUCUCUUGUGAAAAAGACACAGAUAGAAAGAGAAGUGGAUGUAGACGAGAAAGGUAUUCAAAGAAGCUGCAAGAAAUUGCAAGCAUGAACGUGCCUGCUUGACGACCUUCAGGAAAGCUUCAGAAAGUGACCUAAAUUAUCAAAAACUCGACGACUCUUCCGCUUUAACACUUGGCCUUGUUAGGGUUUCCUGAUUAUGUAAAAUUUUCAUGUGGGAAUUGAUUUAAAUGCAUAAUCUUAACGGUUAGGUCCAGAACCGUCCUCGCCUCGUCGUCUUCGAUCUCGACUAUACUCUCUGGCCCUUAUAUUGUUUAACUUGCAACAUGGCGGAUGAAGAAUUGCAACUUGCUGAUUCAAAUACAAUUGAGGAGGAGUAUGAGAAUGAGGAUGAGUUUGAAAUUAACUUAGGUGCUAAUAUAGAUGAAGAUACUAAUAGUGUUACGGAUUCAAAUGCAGAAGUCACACCAAUCGAAGCACAUAAGAGAAAGGAUAGGAAGCGAACCUCUUAUAUUUGGAAUCAUUUUGUUGAAGUAGAUGAGGGUGGUGGUGUGAAAAAAAACCAAUGCAAAUGGUGCAAGACUAAAUUCAGCAUAUCAAAAUCUAGUACUACAUCUACUAUGGUUAGGCAUUUGAAAAAAUGUUUCAAGUACUUAGGAUCCAAGAAGCAAAGGACUUUGUCGGUUGAUGUUAGUGAUAACAUUACAAGUUUCAAUAAUGAUGAGACUAGGGUGAGAGAACUUUGUGCUCAUAUGAUCCUUUAUCAUGAGUACCCUUUUAUGCUUCUAGAGCAUGAGAUAUUUAAUAAGUUUAUGAAAGCUUGCACACCACAUUGGAAAAGGAUCUCUCGGGUUACUGCUAAGACUUUGUGUUUUGCCACUUAUGAUAAAGAGAAAAAAAAGUUGAAAACUUUGUUGAGUAAGGUUCACAAAGUUAACAUCACAACUGACAUGUGGACUUCAUGUCAAAAGGUUUCUUACAUGGUUGUGACAUGUCAUUAUAUAGAUGAAGAUUGGCGUUUAAAUAGGCGUGUGUUGAACUUUUGUAAUAUUCCCCCUCCACACUCGGGACAUACAAUUGCUGAGGCACUCCAUAAAUCUUUUAGAGAUUGGGGUAUUGAGAAUAAAAUCUGUUCAAUCACCGUAGACAAUGCAAAUGCUAAUGAUGUAGCAAUGAGGCACAUAAGAGAUGUUUUUAACCUUGGGAAAUUGCUGGUUAUUGGAGGGAAGUUGUUUCAUGUUAGAUGUGUUGCACAUGUAACUAAUUUGAUGGUUCAAGAUGGGCUGGCUGAAAUUGGUGACAUUGUUGAUUGUGUUAGGGAUGGUAUUAAGUACCUAGUUGCAUCCGAAGGAAGGUUAGUAAAAUUUGCUUCGCAUGCAAAGAAUUUGCAAUUGUCUAAGAAGAAACUGUUUUUGGAUGUACCUACCCGUUGGAAUAGUACCUAUAUGAUGUUAGCAACUGCACUUGAGUUUAGGGAGGUCUUCCCUAUGUAUGGAUAUAAUGAUCAAAUAUUUACUUGGGUGCCCUCACAUGAGGAUUGGGUUAAAGUUGAACAUGUGUGUGAAAUCUUGGGGGUAUUCAACCGGACAAUCAAGAUUGUAUCUGGGAGUGACUAUCCGACAGCUAACUUAUUCCUUCCUGAAGUUUGGCGGAUGAAGCAAGUCCUAACCAAGAAAUCUGAGGAUGAAAAUGAAUACAUUAGAUCCAUGGCACAAAAAAUGAAACUUAAGUUUGAUAAAUAUUGGAGUGAGUGCAAUUUGUUGAUGUCAAUUGCUGCAAUUUUGGACCCAAGGUUUAAGAUGAUGUUGAUAAGAUUUUGCUUUCCAAUAAUCUACAAAGAGAGUGAAGCUACUUCAAAUAUUGAGCUUGUUGAAAAAAGUUUGAAAGAAAUUUAUGAUGUGUAUGUCAAUGAGCAUAAUUCAAACUUUGUGGAACAAAAUCUUCAAAGCAUUGCUCAAAGAAGCUCUUCACAUGGUGCUUCAAGUAGUGUUGCAAUUGGUGAAGAUGAUGAAGGUGGUAUGGAAUUGUAUGAGUCAUUCCUUAGAACUACUAAUACGGUGCAAAAACCUAUUAAAUCAGACUUGGAAAUAUACUUGGAAGAGGGUAUAUACAUACCCGAGAAGGGUUUGGAAUUUAGUGCAUUGGAUUGGUGGAAAACCAAUACCUUGAAGUAUCGUAUUUUGUCUAAAGUGGCCAAGGAUAUCUUGUCAAUCCCAAUUACUACUGUGACUUCGGAGUCUACUUUUAGUGCUGGAGAAAGGGUAAUUGAUCCCCAUAGAGCUUCACUAUCAACUGAGACAGUGCAAGUGUUAUUGUGUGGGGCUGAUUGGGUGAGAGCAUUGUAUGGGCUGAAAAAGAAAUCUGCUGCUGUGGAUCAUGGUGAGGUGGAGAUAAACCUGCCAGAGGCAUAAUAGUUGUUAUUGUUCAAUGUUCUUUAAUCUUUUCCUUGAACAAUUUUUUGAAGUCUUGUUUUAGUUUAUAACUGUUGGGCCACCAGUGUUGGCUGCUGCUUUCACUGUUGUAUCUUUAUAAUUUUAUUACUGUCUGUCUAGCUAUUUUUUGGUGAUCUGGAUUAUGUUGGAGACUUGGACAAUGGUAUUUUUAAAUGAUUUAACUGCCUCUGUCUGCCUAUGUUUUCUAUCUUAGCCACAUUAAAUUGUUUUAUUAACAUCCAUUUUUAAAUUUAGACAAAAAGUGUAAAUAAUGCAAGGGAUUUAAUAAUAUGAUCUAAAUUUUUUUGUUAGUGCAAGUACAGGGAUGAUGUUGAUGCAGUGCAAUAAUGUGUUGAAUUUGAAGUUGGUGCAAGUGCAACCAAAUGAAUUUAGACAACAUGGGAUGAUGUUGAUGCAGUUGCUGAGUUGAUUUGAAGGGUGACUAGAGAGUUGGUGUAUAAUUUUGAUUUGUAAAUUGUAAUAGUUUUUCUUUUUCAUCUUUGAGUUGUUUACUUUGUAUUUACAGCCCCUUUAAUUUGUAAUUUUGUAUGGUUUAAUUGAUAUGUUAAUAUCAAAUGUGUAAUAAUGUAAUAGGAAAUGGAAUUGUUUGAUUAAGAUUCUAAGAAUUUAGGAUACUUGGAUAAUUGGAUUGAAGAGUCAGAGAGUUAAGAGUAGGAUACAUACUGCUACUGCAUGGUACUUAUGCCA